AUGACACCAUAUUCUUCGGUGGUGACAAAAGACUCUGUGAGCAGAAAGAUAAAAGAAGUUGUUUUGAAAGAGAUAUCAAGGAAGAGGAAUAGACAUCAUAGAAGUUCAACCAUUUCUAUGGCUCCAAUCAAUACGAACAAGAACUUGUUAACAACAUUUGUGCAAGAUCCAGUCUCUCCUUUGAUCUAUCACCACCAUAAACAACAGGUGUAUGGCUCCAAAAUGAAAUUAACUAGGUCUCUAUCAUUUCCUCCACCUGACUCAUUAUCAAAAAGGGAAGGUUCUGAGGCUAUAGACAACGGUUUUCAACCAAAAGGGAAAGGAAAAUUAUGUUUUGACAACAAAACAGCAAAGGCAGGUCAAGUUGAAUCAUCAAAAAAGUUUUACCUAAGGUCCUUGUCAUCAGGAGCAAAAUUUUUCAAUGUAAAUGAAGCGAUGAUAGCAAGAGAUGUUACUUGUUCUUCAGGAUCUGUUCAGGAUCAAAAUCAUAAUGAAAUUAAACAGUUUAAGAAUCUGAAACAGAAAAUAGAGCAUGUUACAGGAGAUAGUAAAAAAGAAAAGCUUCGCGUUACUAUGGAUGCUAUGGUUCACAAACUUCCUCAAGGCCAUGCGAUUUCAAUUGAUUUGAAGAAAGAAUUUUUUAAGAAAUUGUCAGAUUCUAUUAUCACUAGAAAAGGGGAACACUAUCCUGGAAGAUGUAGUGAUCACUCUACUUCAUUAGCCAAGCCUCACCGGAACAACCUAACAAGAAAAUUAUCACUUCAAGAACCACUAGAAAGUUAUUUUCAUUUCAAUAAGAAUGACUUUAAUGCAGAAUCAAGUCACCUCCAAUCUAACCAACUAAAAAUAAGAACAGAAAAUGAACAUUCACCAUUGAGGAUGCCGAUACCCUUACAAAGAAUGCUUUCAUUACCUGAUCUCCAAUCUCUUUCCUGUGCUUAUCAGGAUUGGGAGUUUCCUGAAAUUUCAUCUGUAACUGAGCCCAAGCCAAAAGGGGCUUCUAGGGAUGGAACUGUGAGUUCAGAGAAUAUUUCCUACCAGAAAAAGAGUCUUGACCUUAAUUUACAUUCAAGUAGUCAGCUUCAGUUAGAUACAACUGUAGAAAAUUUGAUUCAAAAAUACCUUGUCAGUGUAGAUGAAAAUGAUCUUGUGAUUAGUAAUAUUGUUGAACAAGGAUCAGACUGUAGCAGUGAGAUUAAUGGCAAAGCGGGCAUGUCAACUGAUGAUUUUGGAUACAUUUGUUUAAAAAAUGAUGGCACCUUUAAUGACCAAGAUAUUGAGCCAACAAAAAGCAAGACUGCAGUAGAAGAAUCAGAUUCAAAAUUGAUUACCGAAGCCGGCAACAAUCUGGAUAACAUGACUGAGGUAAAAAAGGCAAUCAUGGAUAAUUCCCUUGAAGUUAAAGAGACCAUAGAGAAUGCUCAAAUAGUGGAGAUUAAAAGCAAGCAGUUGAAUUAUGACAUUCCUCUUUUCCAUAUUAACAUCAGAGACAAAGCUGAGUUUAAGUAUGUGAAAUAUGUACUUGAGAUAUCUGGACUAACUGGUAAAGAGUGCCUUUUAGCAUGGUAUUCAAGUGACCACCCAGUUGAUCCAUUACUCUAUGAAGAAAUGGAAAGUGACCUUGAUUUCUGUAGUUAUGGGGGCAGUGGUCAGUGUAAUCACCAUGUAUUGUUUGAUUUAAUCAAUGAGGCAUUGUUAGAAAUUUCAGGGAGGUCUUACUGCUACUGUUCUACACCAUUGUCAUCAUCUCAUUCUCAUCCAAUGCCAAAAGGGUGCCACACUCUUCAUCAAGUGUGGACUCAUAUGAACAAGUCCUUGUGCUUGAGAUCCAAAGCUGGCCUGACAAUAGAUGAUCAUGUAAGUCGAGAUCUAGAAAGGCGUGAUGGGUGGGUGAGCCCUCAACUCUACGCUCAGUGUGUCAGUUUGGAGCUUGAAGACUUAAUUUUACAAGAUCUACUGGAGGAAAUAGCAUUUGACUUAGCAUGCAUUUAA